AUGGACAAUGAGUUGCUUCAGAAAUGCAUACUGUUUUUGGUACUAUAUGAAUUGUCGAGACUCCUUACCCCAAUUCAUCGCUUACCUUUAAGGAUCGGGGGUGAAAGUGGAUCAGCAUAUAUAACAAGGUUGUUAACAGUUCAUCCUGGUUUGUUUAAAGAGCAACUAAGAUUGGAAAGGGAUAUGUUUGUGCGACUCGUCCAAUUGAUGAUAGAAAAAAAUUUAUUAUCGGACGGAAGGUUUGUAAAAGUGGCCGAACAAGUAGGAAUUGGUCUAUUUAUAUUGGCAAGAGGGGCAUCUCAACGCCAAGCUGCUGACACAUUUAAGCACUCAAUAUCCACAAUUAGCAAAUAUUUCAGAAGGGUGUUCCAAGCAUUGACAAGAUUGUCAUGUGAUUUAAUUCGUCCUUAUCAAGAUUUGGCCGAUACACCACCAGAAGAUUGUGUUGGUGCUUUAGAUGGAACUCAUAUUAGUGCAGUUGUGUCCGAUGGUGAUGGUCAACCGUUUCGAGGACGAAGUGCUCAUGAUAUAACGGUGUGGAGAAAUUGCUUAACUGAUCCUAAAUUCGAAUUUCCAUACCCUCCUCUAGGAAAAUAUUAUUUAGUAGAUUCUGGUUAUCCUAACACACUCGGUUAUUUGAGUCCAAUUAAAGACAAGCACACAAGGUAUCAUAUGCCGGAAUUUCACAAUGGUCCUCCACCUCGAGGAAUGCUAGAACAUUACAAUUAUCGUCAUUCUUCAUUGCGUACUACAAUUGAAAGGUGUUUUGGCAACGUUAAGGGGCAAUGGAAAAUUUUGAAAAACAUGCCACAAAUGUCUCAAACAUAUCAAUUAUCAAUCAUCUUAUCAACGUUUACUCUUCAUAAUUUUAUCCGAUUGUACACUUUAGGGAUACCAAUUUCAGAAAGAUGUGCAAAUGUUGAGCCUAGAGCGGAAUACUCCAUAUUUGAUGAAGGUAGGAAAGCUCAGAUGGAUAUAGUACAAAAUCAGAUAGCAGAACAUAUUUGGCAAUCAGUUACAUCGAGGAAGAAGAUCAUCAUAUGGACAUUGAAUAAUAAACUUAAAUAG